AUGGGAGUAGAAAUCACUCAAACCACAUCAUAUCAACCAGUACCAACUCAAGAGGACGAUGUUUCCUCUAUACCAGCCCCAAUCACAAUCGACCAAGAGGUUCAUGUUGAAGAGGGAGUAAAUGACUUGGCUCAAGCACCCAAGGAAGGCUUUGGUGAGAAAUUUAAAUUGUUCCGUUACAAAUUAUGUAUUGUUAUGGUUAUCUUGUUACAAGCAUUACCAUUAACCAAUUCAUUAUAUGGUCCAUUGUUUAUUGCACCAAUCUUUGGCGCUAUUGUAUUAUUCACACGUAGCACUCUUCUCAGUUCAAUUCAUUUCAUCACAGCACUCGUUUAUUAUGCCUUUUAUGGUUACACUUUCAUCAUUACCAUCUAUUUGGCCGUUGCAAACUCUAGUUAUGCAGUUACUACUGUAACUUGUGGAAUUUUCUUUGUUGUCUUUUCACUUUUAAUUAAAGCCUAUGUUAGAUAUUUGAUUUUCAUUCAUAAAUUAAACAAGACAAAGUCAUGUCAAUCAUCAUCACAUGAAGCCAAUGUUAUCAUUGUAAAUCAUGAAGAAAUCAAUAAUGCCCAACAACACCCAUCAUCAAGCUUUGUUGUUCCAGACCACGUAUACCCAGGACACCAAUUCCAACAACAAAACUAUGUCCCACCUCCACAACACCCAGUCUUCCACUACUAUGGAGGAUAUCCACAAAACUUCCCACCACAACCAAAUCAACAAGCUGGACAAGUUCAACAACAACAUCCAUCCAUUCCAGCUGGUUAUUAUUUGGUUCCAAUCCCACAAAAUCAUAUUCAACAACAACAACAACAACAACAAAACUAA